AUGGCUGGCAACGAAAUAAAAUUGCUAGAGUAUAUUGAGUUUCAAUUUGGCUUUGCUGAAAAUGAAGUCCAGUUCGAAGAAAUGUUGGAAAAAUUUUUAAGCCUUGUUCUAAAAAAGCUUGCAAGUCCUUAUGAAAUUGCCAUAGAUAUACUUAAUCACAUUAACAAAAGAAUGACAAAAACCGUCAAAUUUCCAUGGAAUUCGCUUAACGAACUUGUUUGUUCAGAAAAUUUUAUGAAUUCAGCUUUAGUUAAGAAUUUUACCAUUAUAUAUCUUAAAAAGGCUUACGAUCGUUUAACUGAAAAGGAUAAAAUUACAUAUCUAGUGUCAUUAAUUAAAAAUAUUGAAUUGAAACCUCCUGAUCAGAAAGGUUUAUUAUUAAAAGUAAUUUUCGAGCUCUUAAAAACACUAAAUCUUAAAUUUGCAGAUUUGGAAAUACAAGAGGUGGUAGAUAAUUUAUAUAAUCUAUAUGAAAGUGGUAGAUUAUUAUCAAAUCAAAAAGGGACAUUAUAUCAAUCACAAUCACUUAAAUCCAAAAUAAUGGACUAUCUCUGCAAGUCCAAACUAGCUGCAAAUCUCUUUCCGGAAAUGUUACAUGUUUCACUCGAUUGUCUAUAUAGUCCCAAAACUGAAGAAUAUUUGCAGAAACAAGGAGUAAAUUUUAUUCAAUGGAUUACUAGGACGGUCGAUAUUUCAAAAUUAGAGCUGAUUGGAAAAUCGCUAUUAUUUUAUUUAUUAAAAAUCAUUAAAGAGACCAAAAUUGAGAAUUAUGAUAAUUUAAUGACAAAACAAGAAAUAAAUAAAGAACUUCUCUUCAAGCUUGUUUAUGGUCCGGUUGACUUGUCUAUUCACAAUUCUGAAGAUAAUGAAUGUUCAAAUGUAAUAAUAAUUCAAUUUCAAGAGAUUAAUCAGCUAGAUCAAUUUGAUCAUGAGAAAAUUAUGCAGGAAAUGCUAAAUAUUUUAGAGGAAACCACCGAUAAGUCAUCUCAUAUGAUUAAUUGUUGUAUAUUAAAUUAUGCUUUUAGUCAUUUCCAAUUUGCGCCCAUCUUAAAGAAGAUUAAAUCUUCUUCUUUCUCUAAGAUUGCCAAUCUGAUUCAUGAAAAAUAUAUUCAAUGUACUCGUCAUUGUCCUGAUGAAAUUUAUAAUAUUAUACCUCAAUCGACAAUCAAUAAUUUGGAAGAUCAAAGUAAAAUUUUAAUUAUUAAAUUUAAUUAUCCUGACAAAAAUCCUGAUAAAAUUUAUAAUGAUCAAUUUUACACUGAUGAAAUUUAUGAUGACCAAUUUCUUGAUGAUAUUAUACCUCAAUCGGCAAUCAAUAAUUCGAAAGGGGAUAGUAAAAACUUAAUAAUUAUAUCUCAAUCGACGAUUAAUAAUCUUACCUCAAUCAAUAAUUUGGAAAGUGAAU